CCAGACUUUCUUUUAUCUUAGACCAGACAAUCAAAGGAAGCGCCGACGAACCAGCAGAAUUUUUGUGAAAGAAUCACACACACUGAGCAGCAUGCGACAUCCCAACGCAGCUUGGCAGCGAUGGCGCGUCAUCGUGACGACUCUCAUCACUUUCAGCACGAUUUCAGAAUCGGCCAAGACGACGUGCGACUUCGAGUCUGGAUUUUGUGGCUGGAAAAACUUGCCCCGCAAUGACCUGAACUGGAGACUGAUGAGCGGCUCAACGCCGUCUGUUGGAACGGGCCCUACUACGGAUCACACAAAAGGAACAUCCUUAGGUCGUUACGUGUACAUUGAGACGUCAGGAAAAAGCAAUGCACAAGCUGUACUUGCAAGUUCAGCUGUAACCAACUCAAAUCAAGCGACCUGUAAAUUGUCAAUGGCUUAUCACAUGUACGGCUCAGAAAUUGGUAAAUUGGAAGUGAUUGCUCACACUACGUACAGAAACUCUUCAGUAUGGAGUCGUUUUGGCAGCCAGAGCAAUUUGUGGUUAACCACUACUGUUGACUUUGGAAGCAUAACUGGCUCGUUUGAAAUUUAUGUGAGGGCUUCACAUUCAUCUGGCUUUAAAGGAGAUGUUGCUUUGGAUGAUCUUUUACUGACUAAUUGUCCUCCAGGUUUUCCACUUCAUCCACCAACUCUAUUCCCGCCUCAACCAUUUCCUAACACGAAAUGCUCGUUUGAAACCAAUCUUUGCGUGUGGUCUAAUGAUGUCUCUAAUGACGUUGAUUGGGUUAUGCGGCAAGGACGUACUCCUUCCUCUCAAACAGGGCCUACUGAUGAUCACACAUACCAAAAUCGCAGUGGUAAGUACAUCUACUUUGAAGUCACAAGUGCAGGCUAUUCUAGUCAUGCCGCUCUUGUCAGUCCCAAGUAUCUCAAGAGUGGCAGUGCGUGUCGCAUGCAGUUUGCAUAUCAUUUCUAUGGCAUUAACAUUGGAGACAUGCACGUCUACUUUGUGACUAAUAAAAAUAGAAAAAUUCAUAAUUUGUUGUCUACAACUGGAAAUCAAGGAAACGUUUGGCAUAUGCGUUCAGUGUUUAUUGGACCACAGACGGACUUCAAAAUCUAUUUUAAUGGCACUCAUUAUAGUGGUUACCAGGGUGAUAUGGCACUGGACGAUAUCUCAUUUCUUGGCUGUGAUCCGAAUCCUCAGACUGGGUAUCCAACUACUGACGCAAUGACAACAUCUACUCCAACUGCAGCCAAGAGAUUCGUUUCCCCUUGUUUUCCACCAGCUUCGUCUAUUGCUGACGGAAGUGUGAGGCUUGCUGAUGGGAACACUUCAAAUGAAGGUCGAGUGGAAAUAUAUCACAGUAGGCGAUGGGGAACAGUAUGCAGUGACAAUUGGACUUCAACUAACGGACGAGUGAUUUGUAAGCAGCUAGGAUACCGAUACUACCGGAGUAGACUAUAUGAUAGGCCAGGUAGUGGGAGUAUAUGGAUGGACGAUGUCAGAUGCAGUGCAGGCGACUUAAGAUUGCAGCAUUGCUCAUUUCGUGGUUGGGGAAGUCACAAUUGUGAUCAUAGCGAUGAUGUAGGCGUGAUAUGUGAAUCUCCAAUCGACGGUGACGUUCGACUUGUUAAUGGAUAUACUGCAAAUGCAGGGAGGGUUGAAAUUUAUCACAAUGGGGAGUGGGGAAGCGUGUGUGCUGACUUUUGGAGUAUGAAUGAGGCGAAUGUGGUGUGUAAGCAACUCGGUUACUCGUGCGCCACUGCUCUCUCAUCUCACGGGCAAGGAUGCGGAAAAAUAUGGAUGAGCAAUAUUAAUUGCCAUUCUGGAUGGUAUUCACGAUUAGAUGACUGCAGUUUCUCAGGCUGGGGCAUACGCAGCUGUAAUCAUUCUAGAUAUGCGAGUGUGAUCUGCGAUACACUUGUACCAACCACUGACUGGUGGUGGUGGCAUACAACAUCACCGCCUGGAAAAGAUGAUAAAUCACGUCGUACUGCGACUCCAAUAAUUGUUGAAGUUACAGUUUAUGUAAUAUCGGCUGUACUGGUAUUUGCUAUCUUUUUAAUCGUCAUAAUCGGGGUAAGACGCAGACAGGCGACCACUAUCACAACGACGACAACAAGUGCUCAAGUAUCUGCUGGACAACCGGCGCAGGCACAGUCGGUAAGUUUCGUACCAUCUGCAUAUCUGAAUGUGACAUAUCCCAGUCUUCAAUUCAAUUCUAAUGAAUUGGGAGCUUCGCCUUCCUACGAGACCGUGAUUGGCUAUCGAAGCGAUAGUCAAACAGUUAACUUUGGUGAGAUGAACCAGCAUUACGUCGCCUGACCCCUUCGGCAUUGAAUGGCAAUGUAUCUCAAAUGUGACAAAGCUGCGUUUAUAGAUCUCGUCUCGUAGCUUAACGUUGUAAUGUGUGCAGUUGAAUGUUAUCAAACAUAAUAGUGAAUUGUUGAUGUUACGGAUUAGCAUAUUUCAAAUUACAUUUCUUUUAGAUUUUUUAGAUGAGAUUGUAUUAUUGCUUGUAAAUUAAUUAAUGUUCCGUCUAACUUG